CCUCACUGAUCCACUCUACCCCUAGCUGGACUGCCGGAGCGAGGGAGGGUGGAGCCGAGCACCGCAGACGCACAGAUACAGAGGUUGUAUACAGAGGCACAGUAGAGAGUGUGUGUGUGUGUGAGAGAGAGGUCUGUACCCUCACUUAAACACUCUCGCCUACCCGGGCUCGACCCCCCUCCUCCCUUCUUCUCCCUCGCCAAGAACACCGCCGCAGCCACCACGAUCGAUCUGUUUCUCUGUCUCCCGUGCGCGUCUGGAGCGGCGGCUGGGGUGGGCGCCAUGAUCCUAUGAAGGAGAAGGAGAAGGAGAAGGAGGAGGAGGAGGAGAGGGGAUAGAUAGGUGGCUGCGUGACAAAGGGGCCGGAUCGAUGUACAAGAACCAGCUGCAGGAGCUGGCGCAGAGGAGCUGCUUCAGCCUGCCGUCGUACGUGUGCACGCGGGAGGGGCCCGACCAUGCGCCCCGCUUCAAGGCCACCGUCACCUUCAACGGCGAGACCUUCCACGGGCCCACCUGCUGCACCACGCUCCGCCAGGCCGAGCACGCCGCCGCCGAGGUCGCGCUCGCCCGCCUCUCCACCCGCGGGCCAUCCACCUACCUCACCGCCAGAGUCCUCGACGAGACCGGGGUGUACAAGAACCUGCUGCAGGAGACGGCGCACCGGGCGGGGCUGAAGCUGCCGGCCUACACCACCGUGCGCUCCGGCCCGGGCCACUCGCCCGUCUUCGCCUCCAGCGUCGAGCUCGCCGGCCUCAGCUUCGCCGGCGACGCCGCCAGGACCAAGAAGCAGGCGGAGAAGAACGCCGCCAUGACCGCCUGGUACGCCCUGAAGCAGAUGCCGGAGGCGCGCAAGGAGCCCGGCAACGGCUGCGGCGGCGAGGAGCAGGAGCACGUGGUCGUCGCCAGAGUGCUCGCCGCCUUGAAGCAGCGUUGCGACGGCAAUGCGGCGUCGAAGCAGCACUGCCUCGCCGGCUCAUCUUCUUCCUCUGCUCCGAACCCGUCGCUCUACAGACACCAAUGGCUGCCUCUGAGCUCCCAUGCCGCACACCCGAGGACGCGCCACGUGCAGCCGCAGUCGCAGCCGGCCGGCCCCAGGAUACUGCCCCCGCUGCACAUGCUGCAGCGACCGGCGCCGUCCACCUCCCGUCACGGCGCCGAGCUGGAGCGGCAGAGGAGGAUCGAUGCGGCCGAGCUGGUGCAGAUGCUGGAGAGGGCCAUGGUGACCAACAGAGAAGAGGCAAUGCCGUCGGCGCCGUGCUACUACCCGCACGUCCCGGCGUACCACCACGCCGGCGCGGCGCCAAGAUACUUCGCCGCGGGCGGGUUCCACUCGCCGGCGAUGGCGGUGAGCGUGCGGUCGGUGAUCCCCGUGUGCUCCGCGCCGCCGCAGCCGGCCGCGGCCACCAAGGAUGACGAUGACGAUGACCGGAACGACAACCCGGCAGCACCUGCAGAGCACUAGGCGGCGAGGCGUGAGCUCGCAGCCGCCAGCUUUUGAAGAUGAAGAGGACGAGGUUCAGUAGCUAUAUAUGAUCAGAUCAGUCUUGGUUCUAGGAAGGGAAUUUUGAUCGCAAGUUGCUGUGUCUAAGCUUGUGUAAGUGACCACCUUCUGCCCGCUCUUCCUUUCUUGAAACCGCUAGGUGGUUUAGAUGGAGAUGGACAUAUUAUGAAUAUAGCUCCUACUAGGGCUUCCUUGAGUAGAAGCCAUGAUCGAUCCUUGCUGUGUCUGUCAAACAGCUAGCUCA